CCUCCAACCCUCUCCGCCCCCUUGUCCUUGAAGCCUACACGACAUCCUUUUUCCGACCCCAAUUCCACACACACCACACCUGCCUCGGAUCUGCGACAAAAAUAGAUCAAGAGUCCAACUGAGAAGCCUGACAUCAACACCCUCACAUCCAACACUGCUGGCAACCUAGACUCUUCCUUCUCCCGCGGGCGCUGCUCCCCGGACUCGAAAAGUCCGCCAUGCCCGACCGGACUCGGUUACGCGCCUUCUGCACCCUCCUGAGGAACCUCCUGUUUGCCGCUCUCAUCUACAGCCUAAUCUUUGGCGUCAUAGAGGUCGUGCGGAAUCCAAACGUGCGGACAAAGGGCAAGCUGGGCAUUCCCGCCGUGCUGGACAAGACGGGCCCUGCCGAGUUGGUCAAGACGACAAAGACGGGUGUCCAGAUCAAGUUUGCUAGCUCGUCCACAAAGGUCACCCUCAACCCGCACGCCAACGUCUUCAACCGACCCGUCAGCGCUGUCGAGCUGCAGGAUGACUAUCUCGGAUCGCGUCCCCACGUCGACACCGAGGCUGAUCUCCAGAUGCUGGUUGAGGAAUGCAGAGGUUCCUAUGCCGGCAUCGAAAAGAUGCGAAACGUCUUUGACUGUCUGCAGUUUUUUGCAAACCAAGAGUCCAAGUACUACCGCCUGCCCGCAAAAGAGGCUCGCGCCGGCCAACAGAAUCCGACAAAGGCAGAAUACGUAAACGCAGACGGCCACAACAACACCCUCACAAAAUACCCCUCGUACAAACCUCCCUCCAACGAGUCGCUCGGUGCCUGCCCGGGCCCAAUCACCCCCUAUCACACUUACUGGACCGGAGCGGCCACCUGGCGUGUCGAGGUCUUUAUCAAGAGCUAUCUCUACACCCAAAACAUUGCCUGCUCCCGUCUCUACAUCUGGCUCGACACCGACCGCAAUCCCCACGCCAUCGAGGAUAUGAUGAACAAGGAUGCUCUCUUUGCCCGCUUCCUCCCCCUCGUCGAACGCGGCGACAUCACGCUCAUGGCCUGGAAAUUCCCGACACGCAUCCCGCUGCCCAGCACCGAAGACAACACCGACGGCCGUGGCUACUACAAGACGCCCGGAAAGCCAAACUCGAAGGGCGAGGUCGCCAUCGCCGACGGCCUCGUCCGUGACGCCGACGGCCAGGAAUGGCUUGUCCUGACCCAAAAGCAGAUGACUUUCCUGCCCGUCGCUGUCUCCGACGCCAUGCGCUUUGUCGUGCUCCACCAGUAUGGCGGCUCCUAUUACGACAUGGACGUGCUCAUGCUCCGCGACAUGCGUCCUCUUGUUCUCCCCUCGAACCACUCCUUUGCCGAGCGCUGGGCGGCCCACCCCCACCCGGGCGACUACAACACGGCCAUCAUGUCCUUGACUGCAAACUCGUCGCUGUCGUCCUACCUCGUCCGUGGCGGUGUCCGCAUGGGCCUGAACUUCCAUCCCAGAGUCAUCGGACGCAUGGCGUGGAAAGAUGGGCGUGACCAGGAAUUUCUCAUGCUCGAGACGGCCGCCUUUGAUCCCAUCUGGACCGAGUUCAACUGGGACAGAGAGGGCCGCUGCACAGUGCCGUGUCUGAGGGACUAUGGUGCUGCAUUCAAGGGCAAGACUGGCGCGCUAAAGGAUGAAUGGGAGAGCUACGACGGCCAGCCUCUGAAGCGCCUCAACCUGACUCUGCCGGAGAACCAGGCGCUCAAACUCCGCACGCCCGCCCAUAGCAAUGCCACCAUGAUUCCAAAGCUGGCCCAACGCAGUCAUGAAGAGGUUUCUGCCUCGUCCGAGGAACAGAAGCCGGGCGGCGAGCACGCUGCCGAGUCCUUCAACGCCACGCCCGACGAGGAGGACGAGCUUCGGACGAAUGGCUUGGUUGCUGAUUACAGGCUCGAGGAAGACAAGUUUCCUCCCAACAACAGGACGCUCGAGAACUUCUUUCGAGGUGCAUGGACCUAUCACAUUCACAAUCAGUGGCUAAAGCAUCCUGAGCCGUCUUCGUGGAUAGCCAUCCUCGAAGCCGCACAUGACGGCUUCUUUGCCGGCACACGCACGAAUCCAUAUGGCGAGAAGUGGGAGGGGCCUGCCCUCAUGCCAUACAACUACUGGCCGGAAUUCGUUUGAUCGCGCGGGGAGCACCGACAUCUUGUACCCUCCUCCUCCUCCUCCUCCUCCUCCACCGGCUAGUUUAGCGGCCGAAACCAAGAUUUUUUGCGCAAACUUACUACACAACAACCCA